AUGGCUACUCCAAUUAUUGAUUCUCAUGUGCAUCUCUGGACAGCCUCGCAGCUGGAUAUGCUAGCAUGGCAUUCACCUUCUAAUCCGCUGGGCUCGCAGCAUUCGGUUGAAGAGUACCUUGAUGCAGCAGUAUCGUCUCUGCCAGCCGAGUACGCUCUUAAGGGCUUUAUAUACAUAGAGACAGAUCGAAGAUCAUCACUUAGACCCCAUGAUUGGACUCAUGUUUUUGAGGAGAUAUCGUUCAUCUCGCGCAUAGCGUGCGGGACUCCGCUCGAAGGAGAAGGACAUGUCUCGUCAGACAAGGAAUUAUGUCUCGCGAUUAUCCCUUGGGCGCCUGUUCCGCUAGGACCAGAAGGGCUAGAGCUAUAUAUGGUCAAUAUACAAGAAAAGACAAAAACCGACGGAGGAGAUGCGUGGGAAAAGAUCAAGGGAGUGAGAUAUCUGCUCCAAGACAAACCAAGCGGCACCAUGUUGGAAGACGGCUUUAUUCAGAGCCUACGAUGGCUGGGGCAACGAGGACUGACUUUUGAUCUCGGAGUCGAUGCUAGGAGAGGUGGACUUCAUCAGCUUGAAGAAACCGUGCAGCUAGCGGGGAAAUUAUAUCAAUACGGCAGCCAAGUGAAGUUGAUACUAAGUUUCGGUAUCCCUUGCUCUAUUACAAUCGAUAUCUACUUCCCACAACCUGCUGAAUAG